AUGUCCGACCAAGACGUUCAUCCAAGCAAAUACAACAAAUUACGAAGUAUCUGUAAAUAUUGCAUCGAUUCAUAUAUUGCAUUGUAUCAGCUAAAAACGGAAAAUGAAGAAGAAUUAAAGUCAAUUUACAAAAUGAUCAAAACAGAAUUGAUUGAUUCAAAUAAAUAG